UAUUGACUCUCCAGCCAGUACUAGGCAACAGGAUUUUUCCCGCACGAAACAGAAGGAAAAUGGCAUCGGGGCCGGACUCCAAAAAAAAGCAGUUUUGAAGACAGUGGACUGGCUUUUUUCUUUUGAAAUGAGAUGCUUGAGAAGGUGUAGAGGUUUCUUGCAGCUAUCAAGUUUUCAGAGUUAUUCAGCUCUGCCGAUGGAAGAAGCAGUUCUGUAUUGAUUUUCCUGCCACCACUACCAGUUCGGACGACGUAGUUUAUGUGCAUGCAGUCUUUUGUCCAAGAUGGCUCUACGUUCGGGUUCUGUGGCCAUUGCAAUGGCCACUCAGCAAUACAAGCCAAAGCGGAGAAAGAGAAAGAAGACGAAAUCGCCCUCGUCGACACCGUCAUCGUCAGCAUCGACACCAACAUCUCAGACUCGUCUCAAGCUGCCAAAGAUCAAGGGUGCAACUCCGGCUCCGACCAAAAAAUCCAAAGGUACAUCAGGUAACCCGUAUCAAGACCUGAGGGGCAGAGAGCGGUGUGUCUAUUUAGCAACUCCCAAAUCAUCCAAGGCUAUAUGGCUAACAAGUUUGGGGCCUAAGUUGGUAUGGGGGAACCAGGAGACAAUACUGCCCAUCAGCAAGGCAGCCAUGCAGACGGAGGCGUCGCCUCGCAUCGGCCAGCUGGCCGAACCCAAGAAAAACUUCCGCAGUCUCGGUGACGGAAUCAAACGAAUCCAUGUCUAUAGCUGUGGUCGUAACUCGGUGAUAUGGGACGUCAGCCCGAUAGCAAUGAAAGCCGAGUCGUCCCAGCGAGUCACGGAGUUGUCGAGAUUCAAGGUGCCUCCUCCGGCUUACAUAGAGGACAGAAUAAAUCACGCGCUAAGCUGCGGCCGAGAAUCACCCAUCUGGCGUGUGAGUGACGCAGCCAAGCGGGCCAGGGACAAGCACAGUCUGGAGGCACUGGCCAGGGCAAAGACACCUCACAGAGACUACCAACCACCUAGAGAGAUUGAGACGGUUGUUAGUGACAACGCAAAGAAAGCCAUUGCCUCUUCGAGAAUAGACAGUCUAGCCAGACCCAAGAGCAGACCAGAAGGACCAUUCAGGGAUUCCAAGUGGCCAGUAUCAGACUUAGCUCGCAAUGCCGCAGCUACGCCCCGCCAGCUGGAGCUGGCCAAACCAAAAGGUCUGGUGGACGGCUACCAGCCCGAACGCGGCGUCCAGUGGGACGUCAGCCGGGCCUCGCGACGCACCGUGGCCACCACCCGCACCGUGGACCUGUCUCGGCCCAUCAUGCGCGCUACAAUGGACCACGUGCAGUUCAACCCCGACGCGUUCAUUGUCAGCGAGGCCGCCAAGAGGGGGCGCUGUCCGCCGCGCAUCGAGGAGCUGGCUCAGCCCACCACGAGGAGUUAAAAGGGAAAGGUGUAUGCAAUACUUCAGCCCAGCAGAUGACAUUAUGGCCAGUAGCGUGAUCAAAAUAGAAUGGAAUUUUUUUGGUGGUUCCUGCUCCAUCAAUAUAAGGUUUAAGAGAUAAAAAAGGUUUUGAAUAUUUUACAACAAUAUAAAGUCAAUUUUCUCAAGAUGGUGUUUUUGAGCAUUUUUCUAAAAACUGAAAGAAUGUUCAGAAAUUGAAAGAACAUUGUCAUUUUUCUGAACACUGAGAGCAUAUUUAGAAAUUGAAAGAAUUUUCUCAGAAACCUUGUGCUAUGUUUUUUAAACAAAUAUUUAAAAUUAAAAAAUGACAAACAGUUCAUUCCUGAUUUUGAUGAAGUAGGUCAUAAUUUCUAUUACUACAUUUUUAUAAACAAAAUAUGUAUUCAUGCCUCUUUCCAGAAGUCAAUCAAAACUGUGAACACCUCAGACAAGCCAAUGGCAAAGUGAAUCUCGUGCAGUGUAACUAAUUUCAACUAUCCUUAUAACUACCGAAAUCCACAAUUUUCUGCUCGAUCUGUGUGUUGCAUACACAAUCUUCUUCUCUCCUUGUUUUGCCCAGUUUUGUCAGAAAGUGUUUUAUUAAAUACAACUGGAUUUUGUUUUAUCUGAAUUUCGGAAAGAAAAUUCUAUUAACUUUUCUUAUAUCAAAACAGGGUUUUAAGUCAUUGGCCCUUAAAAACCUGGAACGGUUGGAAAAAACCUGAUUUUAUCAAUAUUCUAUAUAAUCAUGGUAAUGCUGAUUAGCAAUGGUUUAAUUUUUUCUCCAUUUAAAUAAUACGCAAUGUUUUCUACAACUGUGCAUUUAUCGUUUCAUUUUUUUAAUGUGCGUUUUCAAGCGGCCACAUAUCAUAAAACUGAACAUGUGUGCUAUGUGUUUGUUUUGUGCAACAAAAAAACUAGUUGUUUUAAACACUUUUCAGUUGGCCUACUAUUUACGCAAGUGUUACAAAGUUUUUGUAACUUAUAAAAAUUACUGCCUUGAAAAACUACUUUUUAGCUUUUCUGAUAAGAAAAAAUUAGCACAACACACUGUGGCACUACUUUUAUAUUUUCCACAAUUUAUUAUGAUUGCAUUGUAAUGUUAUCAGCUAUCAUUUUGUGCUUGUAAAAAGUAACACUUAUAAAAUACUGAUUUUUUUUUUAAUGCAACUAACCUUUUACCUCACUGUUUGAAUGAACACUGGCAUCAACCCAAUGCUCCUCCCACAGUUUUUGAUUGGUCAAAAGUCUGGAUGGCUUAUCAGUGUUAACCAAUCACUGGGAAUGAAAACAAGCCCCACCCACUCUACAAUGAAUAAUCAUAAGUGAAUAAAGUUAAUGCAAAUCACUGAACACGGUAAUGUAUUCUGCGCACGAAGACUUUUGUAAAUACUUUGCAUGAUUGCUACAAUCUAUUACGUUGCUCCGUGUAAUUAUCCAAUGACACUAUAUUAACCAUUAUAUGUUUUGUUCUCACUGCAAUAAAUACCUCUUGUAUAUUGAUCAAACGA